UCACCAACCGUCAACCGCCACAAAUUUCUCCAUUUUGUUCGUGUAAUUUUCAGUAUUUAUCGAAUCCUCGUCGCUUCCUGAGGUAAAACCGGGGAGAUCUCGCCUCCUGUUCGUGUGGGAAUCUAUUUCUGCCGGUGUUGGUUGCUGGUUUGACAGUGUUUAAUGGAACAUGGCGAUAGGGACUCGGUCUGUGAGAGGGGUUCUGUGUUUGGUGACCAUACUGAUCCUCGGUGUACCGUGGAGCGGGGUUCAGAGCCUCACCUUCCCCCAGCAUUACACGAUAAUGCACUGGGCUCGGCGAAUAGAACAAGAGAUUGACAGAGUCCUGCAGCACAUCAGUGGAGCGCAGCAGCUUAAAGGGAUCUACAGUGAGAAGAGGCGGCAGUACACACUGGUCAGGAACAAUCCCAGAGAGAUCGUGGAGAAAGUGGCGUCCGACAUCGAAAAACUUCUGUCCAAAAAAAAGCAAGCACUGGAAAGGCUGGCCACUGAGGCAGAGAGAGUUCAGAUGGCACAUCGAUGGCAGGAUGGAAUCAAGGAGUGGGAGAUCGAGUACUACGACUCCAAAGCCGAGAUGGAAUAUGACGGGGACGAGACGGACGCUCAGACGUCUUUAAAGCUGGACUUUGUGUACGACCCAAACUUCAAAAACAGCGUCAAUUACUCUCACACAGCCGUCCAGAUCCCUACUGACAUCUACAAAGGAGCUCCGGUAAUAUUAAACGAGCUGAACUGGACUCAGGCUCUGGAGCCGGUGUUUAUGGUGAACAGUAAGGAGGACCCCUCGCUGCUCUGGCAGGCUUUCGGCAGCGCCACUGGCGUCACCAGGUAUUAUCCAGCCACACCAUGGAAAGCGCCGGAUAAGAUCGACCUUUACGACGUUCGACGGAGACCCUGGUACAUCCAAGGAGCUUCAUCUCCUAAAGACAUGGUCAUCCUGGUGGACGUGAGCGGCAGUGUGAGCGGUUUGACUCUGAAGCUGAUUAAAGCCUCGGUGAUGGAGAUGUUAGAUACGCUGUCCGACGACGACUUCGUUAAUGUGGCUCGGUUUAAUGAGAAGGCAGAGGCGGUGGUUCCCUGUUUUAAGCACCUGGUUCAGGCAAAUGUAAGAAAUAAAAAGAUCUUCAAAGAGCAUGUGGCACAGAUGCAGGCUAAAGGAACCACCGACUAUAAAUCAGGAUUCCACUUCGCCUUCGAUCAGCUGCUCAACAAGACGAAUGUACCCCGAUCGAACUGUAACAAAAUAAUCAUGCUCUUUACGGAUGGGGGCGAGGACCGAGCUCAGGACAUCUUUGAGCAGUACAACUGGCCCAACAAGACGGUGCGAGUGUUUACAUUUUCAGUGGGGCAGCACAACUACGAUGUCACGCCGCUGCAGUGGAUCGCCUGUGCUAACAAAGGUUACUAUUUUGAGAUCCGUUCCAUCUGCGCCAUAAGGAUUAACACCCAGGAGUAUUUGGACGUGCUGGGUCGCCCCAUGGUCCUGGCUGGGCGCAGGGCCAAGCAGGUUCAGUGGACCAACGUUUAUCAGGACGCCCUGGGUUUGGGCUUGGUGGUAACGGGGACGAUGCCUGUCUUUAAUCUCACUAUGGAUGGAAACUUACAGAACCAGCUGAUCCUGGGAGUGAUGGGCGUGGACGUGCACCUAGACGAACUGAAGAGGCUCGUUCCACGCUACAAUCUCGGAGCCAACGGCUACAUCUUUGCCAUCGACCCAAACGGAUAUCUGCUCCUACACCCAAACCUGCAGGCCAAGGUGGUGGAUUUACCUGAACCUGUAACUCUGGACUUUUUAGAUGCCGAGGUGGAGGACAGCAAUAAACACGAGAUUCGGCGGCAGAUGAUAGACGGCCAAUCUGGUGACAUGACCAUUAAGACUUUGGUGAAGUCAAUGGAUGAGAGGUAUAUCGACGAGGCUGUGAGGACGUACACCUGGACCCCCAUCAAUGACACUGACUACAGCCUGGGCCUGGUACUGCCGACAUACAGCGAGUACUACAUUCAGGCUGAUCUCAGUGAUGUGAUGCUUCAGCUACAGUAUCUACAGUCUCUGCUGCCCAACUCGUUUGAGUCUGGUGGCCACGUCUUUCUGGCUCCAAGGGAAUAUUGUGAGCGGCUUGUCAUCGCUGAGAACAACACCCAGUUUCUGGAGAACUUCCUGUCUCUAAUGGUGGAGCUCACACCAGAAACAGAGGACUGUGACCAUGGAAUGAUUCAUAAUGUCAUUCUGGAUUCAGGGAUUCUCUGGCAGCUGGCAACGAAGGCUUGGAAGAACAAAGACCUGAACACGUACGGCUUCCUGGCAUUGUUCGCUUCUACAGAUAGCGGUGUCACAAGAGUUUAUCCAAACACAGCUGCUGAAUCAUGGGAUGAAGAUUUAGAACCUUUAAAUUCAAACUACUACCGGCGCAGUCUGGACAAUAAGGGCUACAUCUUCAGAACCCCGACUCGCACGUCCAUCGACGACCCUUUGAUCUCGGAGAACGGGACAGUGGGGAUCCUGGUCACAACCGCCGUGGAGAUCACGGUCCAAGGCAAAACCCUGAAACCGGCAGUUGUGGGGGUUAAGCUGGAUCUGGAGGCAUGGGUGGACAAGUUUAAGAUCCUCGCCAGCAACGUGUCUGACACCAGACAGGGCUCUUACAAGUGUGGUCCUUCUAGAUCCUGUGAAAUGGACUGCGAGGCCAACAGUGAUGAUCUGCUGUGCUAUCUGAUCGAUGAUGGUGGAUCUCUGGUGAUGUCUAACCAGCGGGACCACUGGAAAAAGGUGGGCUUGUUUUUCGGAGAUGUGGAUCCCUACUUGAUGCACGCGCUCUACAACAACUCCAUCUAUGGCAGGCGGCAGUCCUUCCAGUACCUGUCAACGUGUGAGCCGACAGCCAGCAGUCGUACAGGAGCGGCACCUCGCCGCUUCGUGGUGCCCACAAUUGCUGACCUGCUCAGUUUGGCCUGGUGGACCUCUGCUGUAGCUUGGUCUUUUGUGCAGCAGAUCUUCUACGGUCUGGUCUACAGCAGCUGGUUUAACACAGGUGAUUUUGCGUUUGCUGAGGGUUUCGAUGCUAAAGGGAGCAGCAGCUGUGUGACCAUUAGGAGCCAGUUCUAUUUCACCAACACCUCCAACUCAUUCAACGUGCUGCAGGACUGUGGAAACUGCUCCAGGUUGUUCCACGCUAAAAGGAUAGAAAACACAAACCUGUUGUUCGUGGUGUCUGAAACUCUGCCCUGCAACACCUGUGAGAUUGAAAAGCUUACUCGAGUCAGAACAGAGUUUCAGGAGGAGAUUCCAUGCGAGGUGCUGAGUGCUGCUCGAUACAGGAAAGGACCUGAGAAGUGCUUUGACUACAGUGCUGGGGAGAAUACAUCAGAAUGUGGGCGGGCUCACUCUUUGCACGGUCCAAUAGAACUCCUCAUCUGGCUUCAGUUAACAUUGCUUUACUUUGUCCUACAAUCUUAAUUCUUCUUAAAACUCCAAUGAUUCUCUCUGCUCCUUGCUCCUCACCUGCUCCUGCUGUCCCUCCCUCUGCCUGACUCCCUUUCUGAAGUGCUUUCUGAUAUUCUCAGCAGAUCCGGAUGGGAUGACUGAGAUGCUUCAUGUGUCUUAGUAAUCUGUCGUUGUGCAUUUCUGCUCCAGACUCCACUGGCUUUCACAGUUCGGUCAGUUUCAGCCCGCCAUCAAUGUGACAUAAGUGCUCACCCAGACCUGCUUGCCAAAUCCAUAA